AUGAAGUUUAAAAUAGACGAUCUUCCUGUGCUAUUUCCUUAUCCAAGGAUAUAUCCAGCUAACAUACCCAAUGAACAAUAUGCUUAUAUGUGUGAUCUGAAAAAAACCCUCGAUGCGGGCGGCCACUGUGUCUUGGAGAUGCCGUCAGGAACUGGCAAGACGGUAUCACUGCUGUCUCUCAUUGUCGCAUACCAGCAGCACAUGCCUGAGAAGCGGAAGCUUAUAUACUGCUCUCGAACAAUGUCUGAGAUUGAAAAGGCUCUAGUCGAGCUACAGUCUCUGAUGAAAUAUCGCGCUGAACAGCUAGGUUACGAAGAAGAGUUUCGCGGCCUUGGUUUAACCAGCUUCGUCAAAGAAAAGAAGGACCGAGGUGAAAAUGUCGACGUUUGCACUUAUCACGAUAAUCUUGAUCUCCUCGAACCACAUAACUUGAUACCGAACGGUGUGUGGUCCUUUGAAGCGCUCUUGCGGUACGGCGAAGAACAUAAGCAGUGUCCUUAUUUCACUGCACGACGCAUGAUGGAGUAUUGCAAUGUUGUCAUUUUCUCCUAUCACUAUCUCUUAGAUCCAAAAAUUGCGGAGCGUGUUUCAAAGGACUUCUCUAAGGAUUGCAUUGUGGUUUUUGACGAAGCCCACAAUAUUGACAACGUCUGUAUCGAGUCCCUUAGCACAGACAUUACCGAAGAUUCGAUUCGCAAAGCUACACGUAGCGCUCAACAUCUGGAGCGCAGAAUUGCUGAAAUGCGAGAGACAGACCAGGAGCAGCUCCAAAACGAAUAUGAAAAGCUUGUUCAGGGACUCCGUGAAACUGAUGAAGCGAGACAGGAGGAUGCAUUCAUGGCAAAUCCAGCUCUACCAGAUGACCUUCUAAAAGAAGCAGUGCCUGGAAAUAUCAGGAGGGCAGAACAUUUCGUGGCUUUUUUGAAACGGUUUCUCGAAUAUCUCAAGACGCGAAUGAAAGUGCGUCAAGUCAUUUCAGAAACUCCACCGUCGUUUCUGGCCCAUUUGAAAGAGCAUACAUUUAUCGAGAAGAAGCCAUUGCGGUUCUGUGCUGAGCGACUUACAUCACUUGUCCGGACCUUGGAGCUUACGAAUAUUGAGGACUACCAAGCACUUCAAGAAGUGGCAACAUUUGCAACUCUCGUCGCAACAUAUGAAAAAGGCUUCUUGCUGAUCUUGGAGCCGUAUGAAUCCGAUACCGCAGAGGUUCCAAACCCUACUCUCCAUUUUACAUGUCUUGAUGCGGCCAUCGCCAUCCGGCCUGUGUUUGAAAGGUUUUAUUCAGUAAUCAUUACCUCCGGUACAAUCUCACCCCUCGAAAUGUAUCCAAAAAUGCUGGAUUUUUCCACAGUCAUUCAAGAAUCAUAUAGUAUGACUCUGGCGCGGAGAUCCUUCCUUCCUAUGAUCGUCACUCGAGGCAGUGACCAAGCCUCAGUCUCAUCGAGCUUUCAGGUUCGAAACGAACCGAGCGUUGUUCGAAACUACGGUAAUCUCCUAACAGAAUUUGCAAGAAUUACCCCCGACGGCAUGGUUGUGUUCUUUCCAUCAUAUCUAUACAUGGAGUCCAUUAUCAGCAUGUGGCAGGGUAUGGGCAUUCUCGAUGAAGUAUGGAAGUAUAAACUCAUCUUGGUGGAAACGCCUGACGCCCAAGAAACAUCGCUAGCCCUGGAGACAUAUCGGACUGCUUGUUGCAAUGGACGGGGAGCAAUCUUGCUUUGUGUCGCGCGAGGAAAGGUAUCAGAAGGAAUCGAUUUUGAUCAUCAAUAUGGCCGAACCGUGCUCUGUAUUGGUGUUCCGUUCCAGUACACCGAAUCGCGAAUCCUGAAGGCAAGACUUGAGUUUUUGCGAGAAACAUAUCGUAUAAAGGAAAACGACUUCUUGUCCUUCGAUGCCAUGCGCCAUGCAGCUCAAUGUCUGGGUCGUGUUUUGCGAGGAAAAGAUGACUAUGGUGUCAUGGUCCUGGCUGACCGGCGAUUCCAGAAGAAGCGGACCCAGUUACCUAAAUGGAUCAAUCAGGGCUUGCAAGAUGCUGAUACAAAUCUGAGUACGGAUAUGGCUGUCAGCAGUGCUCGGCGGUUUUUGAAGACAAUGGCGCAGCCAUUCCGAAGCAAGGAUCAGGAGGGCAUCAGCACCUGGGGUUAUGAAGACCUUAUGCAGCACCAAAAGAAGAUGGAGGAGGAGAGGGGAGAGGAGCCCCCGCCUACCAUUUCCAAUACAAGGCCAGUUCAUGGCAGCAUAGCUGCGACUUACGAGUCUGAUUUCGAAGAUAUCGAUCAGGAAAUGAUGGAGCUGGAAGGCUUUUGA